AGAAAAGGAGGAACCGCUCUUUGGUCAAGUUAAACAUGGCUGCCUUCUUGAGCAGGACAGUUGUGCUCGGUUAACACCUAAAAGCUGCAGUGUUAGUCCCUCCGCCACCACAAUCCACAUGUACUGAAGUCCACUACGACGAGCAGAAGAGUUUGACUAGCCAUAGGUUGUUUGGGUUUUCUGGGAGGUUAAAGACAAUGUUAUCAAGGUAGUGGAGGAGGUCCAGGAGCCGCAGCAGCAGCAUGGAGGCGCAGUUCUCCGCAGACGGGGAUGAUACUCCCCAUGCCAUCGACAUGACCACCAGCGAGAAGGUGGUGGAUCUUCUGAAUCAGGCCGCUCUGAUACCCACAGAUGAAAAACUAACGGUUCUCAAACAGGUCCAAGAGCUUAUCAUCAACAAAGAUCCCUCGCUACUUGACAAUUUCUUGGAUGAAAUGAUAGCCUUUCAGACAGACAAGUCUGUGGAGGUGAAAAAGUUUGUCAUUGGUUUCAUAGAGGAAGCAUGUAAAAGGGAUAAUGAGCUGCUUCUCAGACUGAUUGCCAACCUGAACAUGUUGCUGAAGGAUGAAAGCGUUAACGUGGUGAAGAAAGCCAUCCUCACGCUCACUCAGCUUUACAAAGUUACUCUACAGUGGUUGGUGCGCUCCAAAGUGGUAUCAGAGAUGCAGGAGGCAUGCUGGGAUAUGGUGACCCAGAUGAAAGGGGAUGUUCUGGCCUUGUUGGACUCUGAAAAUGAUGGCGUGCGCACUCAUGCCAUCAAGUUCACAGAGUCGCUCAUCAUCACUCUGUCACCACGGACACAAGACUCUGAUAUCCCCAAGAGACAAGAGGGGGACAUCAGCUUGGACAAAAUACCCAAAGAUCACACCUACAUCCGCUAUGAUGUUCUGUGUGAGGAGGGAAAGGCUGCACUGGAAAAGCUGCUGAAGUUCAUGGUCCACCCAGCCAUUUCUAGCAUCAACCUCACCACAGCACUGGGCUCCUUGGCCACCAUCGCCCGGCAGAGGCCCAUGUUCAUGUCAGAGGUGGUGCAGGCGUAUGAGACGCUGCAUGCAAACCUGCCUCCCACCCUGGCCAAGUCCCAGGUCAGCAGCGUGCGAAAGAAUCUGAAGCUGCACCUGGUGGCGGUUCUCAAGCACCCCUGCAGCCUGGAGUUCCAGGGUCAAAUCAGCACCCUGCUUCUGGACUUGGGGAUGCCCCAGACUGAGAUAACCCGCUCUACACCAGCGCCGCGUGAGCAGCGCAAAAGACCUCGCCACGAACAGUACACAGAGGGCAAAAAGCUCAAGAUGGAGCCCACCCUGAUGGAAGAUGACGAAGACAAAGAGGAGCCAGCUCCACUUUCAGUCACUAAGCCAUCGGCUGUGCCGGUAGCACAGUCCGCUAUUGACCUCACAGCGGAGUUCCUGCACCCACUGCUCACCCCUGAGAAUGUGGCCAACCUGGUGCUAAUCAGCAUGGUGUAUCUGCCAGACGCCAUGCCAGCAUCUUUCCAGGCCACAUACACACCGGUGGAGUCGGCGGGCACUGAUGCCCAAAUCAAACAUUUGGCCAGGCUGAUGGCCACACAGAUGACAGCUGCUGGGAUUGGUCCAGGGCUUGAGCAGUGCAGAGCUCGAGAAGAAGACGCCGGCAAAGAGGAAGGCAUCGAUGAGGACUCUGGCGCCAAGGACCUGCUCAUCAAGCGCAAAGUGCCAGCAGUGAUGCUGGGCCAGGCGAUCUCUGUGGUAGGAGGUUAUACAGAGAAGGCUCAGCCUGUCGAGGCUGCUCCGCUUGUCAAGAGGCUCCCUGAGCCCAUUCUCCCCUCCACACAAACCAAAAUGGCGGGGACAAGUGGGAGGAAAAAAGUGUUUCGUUUGCCAGAUGUCAUCCAGCCUUUGUCAGACAACCAGAUUGAAAAGUUAACCUCUCUGGCAGUCAAACGCAUCCUGCGUUCAGAGAAGGCUAUUGCCCAGAGCGGCAUGUCACAUGUCCGUGUUAAACUCCUGUCCCGGCUGGUGACGCAGUUUGAGGGGAUGAUGAAAGAGGACGUGCUGGAUUUCAUUCUGGAGGACAUAAGGACGAGGAGCGACCUGGCGUUUGCUCUCCUCUACCAGGAGUAUAACACCUACCUCAGCCAGCUGCCCACGGGGCUGCUGGACAACUACGAGCACUGUCUCUACACGCUGCUGUCGGGCCUGCAGGAGAAGCCGGAGCAGAGGGAUGGGCUUUUCACGAAGCUGGUACUGGAGGCUCCCAUAAUCACAGAAUCAGCGUUGGAAGUAAUACGACGUUACUGUGAGGAUGAGUCUCGCGUGUAUUUGGGCAUGACUACUCUGAAGGAACUUAUCAUCAAACGUCCCUCAAGGCAGUUUCAGUAUCUCCAUGUGCUGCUGGACCUUAGCUCGCACGAAAAAGAGAAGGUGCGCACCACUGCCUUGGCUUUUCUGAAGCGUAUGUACGAGAAGGACCAGCUCAGGGACUACAUCGAGAAGUUUGCCCUCAACUACAUGCAGCUUCUGGUCCAUCCCAACCCACCGUCUCUGCUGUUUGGCGCCGACAAAGACACAGAGGUGGCUGCUCCCUGGACUGAGGAGACAGUGCGACAGUGUCUGUUCCUCUACCUGUCUCUCCUGCCUCUGAACCACCGGCUGGUACACGAGCUGGCGUCUGUCUACACUGAGGCCAUCGCUGACAUCAAACGCAGCGUGCUUCGAGUCAUAGAGCAGCCUAUUCGUGGGAUGGGCAUGAACUCUCCUGACUUGCUACUUUUGGUUGAAAACUGCCCUAAAGGCGCAGAGACUUUAGUCACUCGCUGCCUGCACAUUCUGACAGAUAAAGUGCCUCCAUCUCCAGAGCUGGUGGAGAGAGUGCGAGACCUUUACCACAAACGAGUGCCAGAUGUUCGUUUCCUAAUCCCUGUCAUAAAUGGGCUAGAAAAGAAAGAGGUCAUCCUGGCUCUCCCCAAGCUGAUCAAGCUCAAUCCUAUAGUAGUGAAGGAGGUGUUCAACCGCCUCCUGGGCACUCAGCACAGUGAGGGAAGUUCAUCAGUCUCCCCUCUCACCCCAGGAGAGCUGCUCAUUGCUUUACACAACAUAGACUCAACCAAAUGUGACAUGAAGUCAAUUAUUAAAGCUACCAACCUGUGCUUUGCGGAGAAGAACGUGUACACAUCGGAGGUGCUGGCAGUGGUCAUGCAGCAGCUGAUGGAGCAGAGUCCGCUCCCCAUGCUGCUGAUGCGAACCGUCAUCCAGUCCCUCACCAUGUAUCCCCGUCUGGGAGGCUUCGUCAUGAACAUCCUGUCCCGCCUCAUCGUCAAACAGGUGUGGAAGUAUCCCAAGGUGUGGGAGGGGUUUGUCAAGUGCUGCCAGAGAACCAAGCCUCAGUCGUACAGCGUGCUGCUGCAGCUGCCGCCCGCUCAGCUGACCAGCGUGUUUGAACGCUGCCCGGAGAUGAGGGAGCCUCUCCUGCAGCAUGUCCACUCCUUCACGCCUCAUCAGCAAGCCCACAUACCUGCCUCCAUCAUGUCAGUGCUGGAAGCCAAUAAAAAACCAGAGCCGAAGCCUGUGGAGCCUGUCGUGGAGAGAGAGCCUGAACCAGUAGCCACAUCAGCUGCCCCUGCUGUUGCAGAGACUCCUCCUGUGACAGCUGUGACACUGAAAGAGACGGAGCUGCCAGUCCAACAGCAGCCAGCCAGCAUGACGGAGGAGGAGGAGCUCAUGGAGCAAGAGGAAUCUGAACCAGUGAGACAGGAGGAAACUGUUCACGCUGUUUCUGAGGUGGAGUUAUCAAGAGCGGAGAAGACUCCGUCACCUCAGGCAGAAACAACCGAGGAACCAAUGGAAGCAUCUCAGCCUGAAACUUCAGACGUCAAGGAGCCAGAAAAAGAUGUUCCCGAGGACAACAUGGCAGAGCCUGAUGCUGGAAGCGGCAGUGAAAAUGCUGAAUGACUCUGCUCAAGACGAAAGCACUCAAAAUAAAUGAACAGUUAUUACUCUGCAGACACCACACACGUUUUACAAAGUUUCUUGUCAAGCUAACUGCUCUGUGUUGUUUUUGUAUUUGUAGAAAAUAAUAGGUUAAUGUAUUUUGGAAAAAAAGGAACGUAAAAUUGUGUGUGAAAGCAUUACAUAUGCCUUCACGUCAUUAAGCCGGCAAAUCAAUAAACUAAACAGCUUUAUUGUCUUGUUUAA